AUGCCUCUCGUAGUCCCCGGUCUGCAGUCAAAGGACGGAAACUCUGGUGAUGACUGGAUGAGCAAGCUCAUGGGCAAGAAGCUUGGUGACCAGCAUGAUGAGAUGACCUUCGCGAAGACCGAUCUUCCCCAACAACACCGCGUUCUCAAGCCCGACUCGAUGCAAACCAUGGACUUCCAGCCCGAGAGGUUGAAUGUCCAUGUUGAUGAAGAUGGCACCGUCAAGAAGGUUACUAAGGGUUAG